AUGGCACCGGAUCGAGGCUACACGGAACUGCAGAAUGAAAGGGCUGGAGAUGGUGAAGAGAUGGAACAUGCGUCGUUGAGACGUAGCAGAACGGGAACUCGCAGUUAUUUGGCUGAGCGGGCAUCGCAACCACAGAACUUUACGCUCCGUGGUGUUUUGGUUGGCUUGGCGAUUGGAAUUGUCAUUUGCUUCUCUAACAUGUAUUUUGGGUUGCAGACGGGCUGGGUGAGCGGCAUGGCCAUGCCUUCGGCACUAAUUGGGUUUGCGUAUUUCAAGGUUGUUGCAAAGACGCUGAAGUUACCAUUUACACCAGUUGAGAAUGUCUUGAUUCAGUCAGUCGCGGGAUCGGUCGGUACCAUGCCUCUAGGAUGCGGAUUCGUGGGUGUCAUUCCGGCAUUAAAUUAUCUAUUGAAACCAGAAGAGAACGGGCCGCUGGACAUUAGUCUUUGGAAGCUGAUUGUCUGGGCUGUCGGAGUCUGCUUCUUUGGUGUGGUUUUUGCGGUUCCGCUCCGUAAAGAAGUGAUUAUUAGGGAGAAGCUCAAAUUUCCGAGUGGGACUGCUACUGCACUGCUUAUCAGGGUGCUUCACGGGGACAGGGAGUCAAAAGAUUUGGUAAAUCACGAGCAAGAGCUUUCUGAUGACGAACAAGCAUCUCAGGGACUUUUGCAAGGAUCUAGUGCACAACGAGAAGAGCAUGAUCUAAGAUCAUCUUUGGACGACAACCCGAAAACCACAGGACAGGGGCCCGAAGAGGAUGAAGAUGACGGAGACUGGAAAUCCAAGAUCAGGUUGCUGUUGAUCUCGUUUGCUGGAUCUGCCUUAUUCACCGUUGUGUCCUACUUCAUCCCGCAACUGCACGAGAUACCCGUUUUUGGCCUUCCCCUAGCGCAAAAUUGGCUUUGGACAUUGAACCCUUCACCGGCUUAUGUUGGACAGGGCAUCAUCAUGGGGCCUGCUACGACACUGCAUAUGCUUCUAGGUGCCAUCAUCGGCUGGGGUGUCCUUUCGCCACUUGCAAAACACGAGGGAUGGGCUCCAGGACCUGUUUCUGACUGGACAAACGGCUCCAAGGGGUGGAUCGUGUGGAUAUCGCUUGCUAUAAUGCUGGCAGACUCCCUUGUCAGCUUGGGUUGGCUGCUUCUCCGACCACUUGUCACGUUUUCAACAACAUACUAUCCAACUGCUAAAGAAAUUUUUCAUUCGCAUACCUGGAAGGAGAUUCUCACAUUCAAUAUUACGCCCAGGCAAGGAUACACGCAAGUUGGCGAUGGGACGGCAGAGGAUCCCUUGAUACCUAUCAAAAAACACUUCGCGGCAGAUUCGGACCCAGAUGCGCCGCCCGAGCAUCUCGUAUCGAACCGCACUACCAUGAUCGGACUCGUUGUCUCGCUAGUCCUCUGUGUCAUCGCCGUCCACCUGACAUUCCCCGGUCUCAUUCCGUUCCGCCUAACGCUUCUUUCCUUGGUCCUCGCGCUCUUCCUUUCCAUAAUGGGUGUCCGUGCACUAGGCGAAACAGAUCUCAAUCCCGUCUCCGGCAUUUCCAAGCUCACGCAGCUCGUCUUUGCGUUCGUCACACCGACAACAGGGCCAGGUGCCAAGAACGCUGUCAUUAUCAAUCUUGUAGCUGGCGCAGUGUCCGAGUCUGCAGCGCUACAAGCAGGAGAUCUGCUGCAGGAUCUCAAGUGCGGGCAUAUACUGGGAGCGGCACCAAACGCACAGUUUUGGGGUCAGAUGAUCGGGUCGGCGGUUGGAGCAGUGGUGUCGGCGGUUGUGUACAAGUUGUAUACGAAUGUGUAUACUAUCCCUGGUGGGUUGUUCGAGGUGCCGACGGGCUAUGUGUGGGUCUUUACCGCGCGAUUGGUGACGGGGAAGGGUCUGCCGCCCAUGGUUAAGGAGUGGGCGAGUGGAGCGGCUGUCAUCUUUGCUGUCAGUACGGUGAUAAGGGUCUGGGGCAACGCUCGAAAGCGGAGCGGCUUGAGUGGAUGGUGGAUCGACUUUGUGCCUGGCGGAAUUGCUGUUGCCGUUGGCAUGUACAACACGCCUUCAUUCACACUGGCACGCACAAUCGGGGGUCUGAUAAGUCUUUGGUGGCGACGCUGGAAGGGCAGAAGCGAAACUCCGAUUAUUGUACUUGCAAGUGGUCUGAUUUUGGGCGAGGGACUGCUCAGUAUCAUGAACCUCUUACUAGCCAGUUUGAAUGUGCCGCAUCUCUAG